AUGAAGCCGGACGUGUUUUUCAAUGCCAGCAAUGCCAGCAUGCCUAAAAACUGUGACAAAGUGGAUUUAGUGGACCGGUUCAUGUACCCGACUGCAUAUUCAGUGUUCUUUAUCAUAGGAUUUCCAGCCAACUGCCUUUCCUUUUAUGUUGCCUACCAACUGAUGCAAAAGGGCAACACCAUAGCAGUGUACCUGGUCAACUUGUCUGUGUCUGACCUCCUGUACACCAUCACGCUGCCCGUGUGGAUUGAGCUUUCCCUUGGAUGGCCAGUGGACAGCACGCUCUGUAGCCUGAUCACGCUGAUUAUGUACAACAGCUUCUAUGUGGGAACCGGGCUGCUGUGCUGCAUCUCAGUGGACCGUUACCUGGCCGUGUUCUACCCUCUCCAUUUCCUGUGGGUGAGGGAGUUGCGCACGGCCACGCUGGUAAGUGCCGUGGUGUGGGUAGCUGAGUUCUUGGUGCAUGCCAGCCUCCUGGCCCACUCCGGUGCCCUGGAGUCCUUCUCUGCCUUACGUCUGUGCGAGGAGAGGAUGCCCAUGCAUCCUGCGGAUGCCAUUGUGGCAAUCGUUCGAGCAACGCUUGGGUUCCUUCUGCCUUUGCUCUUGAUGAUCUUCUGCUUCUGUCAGAUCAUGAGAGCCCUCAACAACAGUGCCUCACUGGAGAACGACGAACGCAGUAAGAUCCGGAACCUGCUGCUCCUUUUGCUCAUCACCUACAUGGUGGCGUUCACCCCAUAUCAGCUCGUCAUGGUCUUGCGUGCAGGGCUGGAGCCGGUAGGAAACUGUGGCUAUGCCACCCUCCUCAGAGACUACUACAUGGUGUUUGUCGCCACCACCACAAUUAACAGCGUGGCAGACCCCAUAAUCUACUGCCUUAUGAGCCAGAGCGCCAAGACAGAACUGAAAGCCAUGCUGAGGACUGGAAGGGUGACACUGAGGAAGCUCCAAACAAAAGACACGUCCGAUGCCUCUGUUGCAUAA